AUGCGAAGUAGUAGCUCACCAGCUGUUCCAUCAUCAGUGAUUCCUGGUUCAGGUGUUAUUGAUGCACAAACCAUGCAAGCCAUUUGUAUUUCCAAUAUGAGUGCUUCACCUUCCGCAAGCACAAAGAAUGCAGAAAGUAAUGUUGGAUUAGAAGUGACAACCGAUAGUGUACUUACAUCAAUAGAUGGAAGUGAUACACCGGGAAUGAGGACAACAAUGAAUACCACAACAGGAGCAGCAGUAGCAGUAGCAGCACCGGAUUUUUCCUCAAUACCUUCCACCAGUGGACAAUGUUCAUAUGGCGGUGUAUCGGUAAGUUGUUCUCCACCAUGUGGUGGUGCUUACCCGAAUGCAAUCAAUACAAAUGCUGAUGUUGGAGUGAUAUGCAGAAAGAGGAAAACACCGAUGUUCAGUUGUAGCGCUCCUGAAACAACCACCACGAUGGUAUCAUCACCAUCUUCAACACUUCCAUCAUCUAAUAUGCCCUUGUCGAAAUCACUAUCAUAUCCAUCAAAUCCCUCAGCGACAAUAACGGAUAGUCGAAGUGAAACACAUGGUACCCAAAUACCUUCAUUGAAACGGGUUAAACCACGUCCACUUAAUCUUUCUGCUACAGCAGCAUUCUCGAAUGGAUCCGAAUUGUCAUCAUCAUCAUCAUCAUCAUCCAAUAAUCUACUGGUACCUUCACCUUUUUUCCUCCAUAACAAUACAGGUAAUGCGUACACGAAUACAUCACCUCUGGUCACUCAAUUCAGUCAACUUUAUGCAGCUGCUUCACUCUCUGCUGGUUUAUGUCCAACGAGUCCAUUUACAUCAUUACUUACAACAGCUGUAAGCCCAAUGCUUGGAGCUUUAGGAUCACCGAUGGCUGCUUCUAAAUUAACUCCAACAACCGCUAGCCUUCAACAACCAAUCUUUCAAUUUCCACCAAAUCCAUCUCAUAUGGCAGCAAUGGCUACAGCAGCAAUGAUGUCACCAUUAAUGCCAUUUCUUGGUGCUGCUAUGAAUUUAAACGGUAACGGUUGUCCAACCUAUGGUCGUAGCAAUUUUGUAAGCCGUAGUCCGGAAAGUUUAAAAACACCGGUUGUACCGUUUCCAAAAGAUUUCUGA